CCGCGCUGACGUCGACAGGGGGCGUGGAGUUUCCUGCUAACACCUAGCUAGCUCCGCUCCAGUGUAAUCUGUUGGCACUCCGGUUCAUUCUUGGCGGUACAAGCCCCGCAGAGACUGUUCUGGUUCAUGCUGUAGCUCUUAAGGGCAGGAAUAGUAGUAGACCGAGUUUAGUUGUUCCCGUGAGCCGAAGCGGUCCGCAGGUUGGCGGGAGAAAACAGCGUUUAUAGGACCAGGAUGGCACUCCGGUGCUAACCUAGCUAGUUAGCUUCUCCGGCUAUGCAGCGAGAAUGAGUGGAAGACUAGCAGCGCUGCGCUAAGCCAGGAGGUAUGGCACAUCUUUUCAUGGCAGCCUGGUUCCUCUCACGCCGACUGAAUUAGACCUUCGCCAGCGUUACGUCCGCACGCAAAGCAGCCAGCGGGCUAGUCGGGCCACACCGGGCUCCUGCUGGGAGCUGAAGCGCGGCUGUAAGUGGGUCCUUCGCCGACACUCUGCCGCCUUUUAGCAGCAGCUUUACGGGUCAGCAGCUAGCAGCCACCGGGCAUUGUGUGCUACGUAGCCGCGGCACGCUAACCAUCCGCCAGGAAAGUUUUUGACUGUCCGUCAUGUUCCGCGCGGCGGCGGAGCAGCAGCGCGGUUGGAGCUGCGUUUAAAGUCAACGGGACGCUGUCAUGCUCGGAGAGCCUCGCUGACUGGCCGCGCCGAGCAAGGGGCCCUCUGGGUCGGCCACAUCGCGUCCGUCGGCUUGGCUCAUGUCCACCUCGUUCGCUCGGCCGGACCAGUUCGUUUCAAACAUGUGAGGUCGAGGGGGGGUCAGGGAUGUAGCGUUGCUGAGCUGGGCCGCCAUUCGAGCUUCCUGGUUGCGUGACGGGGGCUACGCCACGCACGAUGAACGACUCCGGAGUCAUGCCACAAGAGAAGAUGGAGCUGGACCUGGAGAUCCCAGCCGCCUUGGUGCAGGGCGACGGACACCUGAGGAGAUCCAACAGCGCACCCAUGAUUAACGGACUGAGUGAUAACGCCCAGGUCUUCCAGAGAGAGGUCCUGCGCUGUCGCAGAAACAGCACCACGGUGGUCAACAGACCCAACAUGGUCCCCUCGUCUCCCAUCCGCGUCCCCAGCACCAGGCUUCAUCAGAUCAAACAAGAAGAGGGAGUCGACGUGAUGAACAGAGAGACGGCCCACGAGCGGGAGGUUCAAGCUGCCAUGCAAAUGAGCCAGUCCUGGGAGGAGAGCCUCAGUCUGAGCGACAACGACCUGGAGAAGUCGUCGUCUUCGUCUCCGAAGCGGAUCGACUUUGUGCCGGUGUCGCCCGCCCCGUCCCCGACCAGAGGAAUAGGAAAAAAGCAGUGUUUCUCUCCUUCGCUACAAAUCCUGGUGAGCAGCAACGGGCUGACCCCCAGCCCAGUACCCAGCCCAACGCGCCGCUUUAGCCGACGCAGUCAGAGCCCCAUCAACUGCAUCCGAGCCAGCAUCCUCGGCCCGAUUAAACGCAAAGGGGAGAUGGAGACAGAAAGCCAGCCUAAGAGACUCUUCCAGGGCACCACCACCAUGCUGUCGUCAGACGUGUCCAACCUGUCGGACCUCAGUUCCUGUCACUCUCCAGAUUUACUGGACGGGAGCCUCAGCAGCAUCGGCUCGUCCACGGACUCCCCGGGGAAGAUGGAGGGCGUGUCCCCUUCAUCGUCCAGCAACUCGCCCUUCACCUCGCUGCAGGAUCUGUCUCCCAAGUGAACGCGCCAUCAACGGCCAGACCUGCCGACGUGGGAAAUGUUGAACACCCCCCCCCCCCCAGUCACCCCCUUUAGGCCUGAAUUUAGUUUACACGGACCUUUCCACAUCUGCCUCUGUACCUCUCAUUGUGGCUGCUUUCAUAGAGCGUGUAUUUAGGGAUGGAGCUGAGGAAUCUAAAGCCACACAUCUGUUCAGAGGUUAGGAGGAGGGAGACUGAAGACACUGUGAGCGCCAGCUGCUAUUUGAGCGUCUUAGAUGCUCGGCUGCGUAGUGAUGUUGUGUAUAUCCGGGCUUUCCGGCCAUUCUGUCCCACACACAAAGAGACACGGAGCACUGGACACAAAGACCGACCCCGUUCCCCUGCUGGAAAGCUUCGUCCCGUUCGCCUUUUUGUAUGUACACAGUCUGCAGAUUUUUGUAAGAGAAGAUUUAACUUAUUGUUUCCCCGCCUUUGGCUGUAAGUAUGUACAUACGAUGUUCUAUAUAGUUUUACAUUUGGCAGUGAGGUGAAUGUAGGCGCGGGGGUUUCCUCCAUGUCUGGGGUACAGCUCUGGAGGUUUCCCUGUUCUCCUUUGGCAGAUUUUCAGAAUAUUUUUGAUUAUAGGCUGUGAACUGUGGUGUCUAUUUUUUUAGUUCUUUAUUUGCUGCAACCAUUAUAAGUCGGAAGGAGCGAGCGAUGCACCGAGCGGUUCAUGGCGGAUUGAAUCUGGUCGUUUCUGGUAGUCUUUCAACACUAAAAGGUUCCUGUGCAUCUUGUGGUUUUUGUAGAUAUCAAGAGUGUUAAAGAUUACCCCAUUCUUCUGGCAAAGGUUUAUUUAUGAAAAUUUAUGAGAAAACAAAUGUGUAUAUAUAUAAAAUUGAAUGUUAAUAGGUUGUCACUUCAGACAGACUGACCGCUGGUCCGUCCAGCAAACAGGAAAGUAGAACCAUUGGAAACUAAGACUGCUGUUGCCGCCAUGGUGCGUGUGUCAGGCGUGUCGGACAGGAUGCUCAGCCCGGCCACGCUCCGGUCCGUGUCCCAGUGGAGCAGGAAAGAUGGAAAAGGCUUGUUCUACCGAGGAAAAACUCAAAAUGCAGAGAUUCAAGCCCGCACUGUGACGUUUGCACCAAAAUGUGUCGUCGGUUCUCAUGCUUCCUCCACCUUCAUUGCUCUGUCGCCUUAAAUGUUCAUGUUCAAAGUGAACCGAUUGCAAAUCCUUUUAUGUACGUGUUCCCUUUUUAAUUUAAAGAAAAGUUUGCUUUCAGAUGCUUUA